AUGCGAUUUCUUUGUCUCCACGGGCGUGGAACCUCCAGCCAGAUUUUCGAGCUGCAGACUGGGGCUGAAGCUGUUGCUGAUGAAUUCUUUGGUUGGUUCGACAAACCCAUUAGCCAGGCCCAAUCGCAAGAACUCCUUCUCGGUCUGGUGGAUUUCAUCGCCAACAACGGGCCUUUCCAGGGGGUCAUGGGCUUCUCAGAAGGCGGUAUCGUCGCGGCAAUGCUCCUCGCGGAAGACGCUAGACAGGGCUUCGCAGGCUUCCAAUGCGGUAUCCUUUUAAGCGCCGCGCCGCCAUUGGAUCCCGCCGGCAUUUCUCAAGAGCCGGCGUCGCUCAGAUGCCUCAACCCUGCUGUGGACGGGUCCGUGAUCUGCGUCCCCACUGCCCAUAUCAUUGGUUCCAACGAGCCGUUUGCCCGCUUAGUAGCGUUGUCGCCCCUGUCUGGCCUCUGGAUCAGCAGCGGCAUGGGGGAUCCGGAGAAGCUGCACCAGUCGCUGUUUCAACUGUGCCAUGACGAGCGGGAGCUGGUUUUCCAUCAGCUGGGGCAUGAGGUGCCCGGAGCGAAGUCGGCUGAGGGACUAUCAGGGGCUCUUCGGGCCAUUGAGCGUACGAUCGAGCGAGCACAGUUGGGAUGAGGACACGUUGACGCUCAGGGAGAAUUACUUGAAAGCGACGGAGCAUAUGUGAUGAUGUCCUUUUCCGCACACCGCGUGAUGGUAUCAGCAUGCAGGACUUGGAGGACGAGUAAUUGUCAGCACGGCACUUCAUGUGCGUAUUAAGAAGAGAAUACGCCGGAAAGGACAUUAUAUUCGCACUUUGCUAGGC